AUGGAUAAGCUCAAUGAUAUGUUCAACAUCGAGGUAUUUGCUAUUCGCUUAACAAGUGCAAGUGGGGUAAAUGUACUAUUAUCGGUUGUUUAUAGACCACCAACAUCUGACUCAUUAUGGCUCGAAAAAUUUAGGGAAUAUUUAACAUACGCGAGCAGAGUCUGCGACGAAUAUAUAAUCGUAGGUGACCUUAACUUCCCUGAUAUUGACUGGAACACCAAUUAUCCAGUUCAAUCAAGUAACCCUGCUCAGGCCUUGCUUUUUUGUGAGAUAAUUGAUGAUUUUUUCCUUUAUCAAAUGGUGAGGGACCCUACUGGGGGAUCUAAUAUUCUUGAUCUUGUGUUGACAAAUAACGAAAGUCGAGUUUCUGAUGUUGAAGUCAUCGAACCGGCUAAUAUGAAUAUACAUACAGACCACUCUGGGGUUGUUUUCAACAUAACAAGAAAUUUUAAGACGUCAUACACGAGUAAGCGUAUUGUUUAUAACUAUAAGAAAGGCGAUUUUGAUGGCCUGAGGAAUGCUUUGAGAUUGCUUAAUAUAAAACAUAUCGUUUUUAAUGAUGUUGGGGCUGAUAUUAACGACGAUUGGCACAAUUGGAAAACUGUUUUCAUGAAUGCUGUUAUUGAUUUUAUCCCAGUAACACACCUUCAAGGAAAAGACGUUCCCCCAUGGUUUGAUAGUGAAACAUUGCGCUUAAUAAGAAAGAAAAAUUCCAUCAGAAGGCGAGCAACGAAAAAUUUUUCAAGUGGACUUUGGACUGUAUUUUCGACUUUACGUAAACAAGUUAAGAACAUUAUUGAACGUAAAAGAAGAGAGUAUUUUUUCUCCAUAUGUUCAACAUUGAAAUAUAACCCCAAAAGGUUUUGGUCUGUUUUUAAAAUAAAGUCGAAGGCAUCACAAUUACCCUUGAAAUUAAUUGGAACACAUACGGAUGCCAAUGUAGUUGCUAUAACACCUGAUGAGAAGGCGACGCUGUUCAACGAAUAUUUCCAUUCGGUUUUUGAUAAAUCGGAAGAACCUGUUCUCGCGGGUGAUAAUCCUAGGCCAACUGUUGUUACUACACUCACUGAAAUUGUUUUAGAUCAAAUGGAAGUGGAAGCAUUGUUACUAUCUAUAGAUCCCUCCAAGGCACAGGUCCUGAUCAAAUUCCAGCUCGACUCCUAAACGAAUGUGCUCAAGAAAUAUCGGAAUCCCUUUGUCUUCUGUUUAAUAAAUCAUUGCACACUGGAAUUUUCCCACAACAGUGGAAACUAGCCAACAUUGUACCAAUUCUAAAGAAAUGUCCUGCCUCAAAUGUGCAAAAUUAUCGCCCCAUUUCUUUGUUGUCAAAUAUUGGGAAAAUCUUUGAAAGGUGUGUUUUUAAUCGAGUUAUAAAUCAUAUUAGUAAUCAGUUACAUAACUUCCAACAUGGCUUCCUGAAAGGAAAAUCUUGUACUACCCAUCUGUUACAAGUAAUAGACGAAAUUGGAAGAAGUUUGGAUUGUGCAGAACAGACUGAUAUUAUAUAUCUUGACUUUGCAAAAGCAUUCGACAAAGUCAACCACUCCUUGUUAUUGGAUAAAAUCAGUGGCUUUGGAAUUGACGGUAAUUUGUUGAAAUGGUUUGGAAAUUAUCUAUCUGAUCGUCGUCAGCAGGUAACUAUCCCUGGAUCGACUUCGGGGGUUUUGCCGGUGCUCUCCGGUGUACCUCAGGGGUCGAUUUUGGGACCCCUCUUGUUCCUCAUGUUUAUCAAUGAUCUCCCUGACAGCGUUAUGGAGAAUUCGGAUGCAAAGAUGGUAUUGUUUGCCGAUGACUCUAAGAUUUAUAAAACUAUCAGGACUACAUCGGAUUGUAUGGACUUGCAAACUAGCAUUGACCGAACAUCCAUAUGGAGCUGUGAAAAUAAAAUGCUUUUAAACAGUAAGAAAUGUACUAUAGUAAGUGUGAAUCGUAAAACUCAGCCUACUACAUUUUCUUAUACUCUUGGGGGAUUACCUUUGGGAAAAACAAACUGUGAAAAAGACCUUGGGGUGUUAAUAAAAAGCGAUCUGAAGUGGGACGCGCAUGUUUUGUCAAUUCCAAAGAGGGCUAACAACGCUUUGGGGUACAUUAGAAGAGGGACAACAGGAUUCAAUGACGUUGAUACAAGGAAAGUACUCUAUAUGGCGUUAGUAAGAAAUCAUUUAGUUCAUGCAUCGCAAGUUUGGGCUCCACAGUCAGUACAUCUAAUCAAGCAAUUGGAAUCUUUGCAGAGAAGAGCAACAAAGUAUAUUCUAUGCCUACCAUAUGAUACUACUAUUACAUACAAAGACCGGCUCUUAAAAUUAGAUCUUUUACCAAUGUCGUAUUGGCAUGAAUAUUUGGAUGUGUUGUAUUUGUAUAAGUUGGCAUCUGGCAUGCUUUCUUUAAAGUUGCAUGACUUCUUAAAAGUUAAACAACCAUUACGUGUAACGAGAAGAAGUAAUCCUUCAUCAGGUUUAAUGUUUGAUAUCCCAAAAGUACGUACAGUAACAUAUCAAUCUAGUUAUUUUAUUCGAACUGCUAGAAUUUGGAAUGAACUGCCAUCAUCCAUACGAUUAUUAGAAACUUUAUGUCAGUUUAAAAAUAGUCUAUUGAAAUACUACAAAGAUUGUCUAAAAACUAUUUAUGACACUGACAAUCCAAGAACUUGGAAAACUAUAUGUCCAAAAUGUCAUAACUGUUCUGUUUUAGUAAAGCAAUCACAGUGUUGCUGA